GGAAAAGAUUUGAUAUAAAAAAGUGAUUAAAUAAGUGCGUAGAGCACCAAAGCCUUAUAUUACAAAAUGAUUGCCUCACACAUUCUAAUGAGUUUCCCGUUUCCCCCAUGAGAUCAAUCAGCCACUAUUAAAUCAAUUAGCUGCUGGCUUAUAAGCCCCAACCUGGUGUCCUAGCCCGUCACAAUUGAAUCAACCAUCAUGUGCAACGUGUUAACUGUUCUGGUGUUUAUUUUAUUACUGGCGCUGACAGGCGGCUCUUACAAUGUGACAUUGUUGAAAUCCAUUCUAAGUCUCAUCUCUACCCGGGAGCCGUGGAUAAAUACACCAAUUUUUGUUGGACACCACCAUACGCAAAGAGACGAUUUGAACGACUUGAUUAUUUGGCUCCAUCAAACAAUGGAAGUUACGAGCUUGACAGUGAAUUCACAUCUUCAACCGGAAUAUCUAAGACCCCUUGGUCAAUUUAAAGUCACUAGAUACAAUGGCAUUGCUUUGUUCUUUUGUCAUGAUAGACAGAAUAUUUUAUGGUUGACUCUGGAUAAAAAUCUACGACAACUCCGUCGCAUUCGCUUGAUAAUCAUUCUGCGUUCUCAAAGAAGUGGUUCGAAGAGGGCUAUUAAAUCCAUAUUCAAAUCUUUGUGGCAAUAUCAAUUCCUCAAUGUUCUAGUCCUGCAUAGGGAUCAGCUUUAUUCCUACACUCCGUAUCCGACGUUGCGUUUUUUUAAGCUUGAUAUUCAUUCGGAACCGCUAUUUCCACCUGAAACAAGGAAUUUCCAAGGAUAUGUGGUAUCCACUCCGGCGGAAAACGAUAUUCCAAGAGUGUUUCAUGUGCGUGAUCCAUCUACGAAGCGCAGAAAGGUGCUGGGAUACGCAUAUCGCACAUUUGUGGAAUAUUUAAAUCACCAUAAUGCCUCGCUUCGUUUAACAAACCCUGAAGAGAAUCUAGACCCAACAACUAGUGUAAAUAUGGGCCGCAUUUCGCAGUUGAUAAUAGACGGUCAAUUGGAAAUCUCUCUGCACCCGUACGUCAGCACGCCACUGACGGCAGCCAAGAGUUACCCCUUGGUUAUAUAUCAAAACUGCUUGAUUGUGCCUAUGAGAAAUGAGAUUCCUAGGCAUAUGUACCUAUUGCGACCAUUCCAAUUGUACAGCUGGUACAUUCUGUUAUUCGCAGUUUUUUACAUCACUGGAAUUCUCUAUUGGAUAAGUCCGAAACUUGAUAAAAGUCAAUGGGCGCAGCGCUUGGGAUUGCAUUUUCUAGAUGCCAUAAGCAAGAUACUUUUUAUCAGCUCGCCGACAACAAUUUACAGACCAACAUUGCGCCACAUUAUCAUUUUCCUACAACUUUCCAUCCUGGGAUUCAUCUCUACAAGCUGGUACAACAUUGAGUUGGACAGCUUCUUUACAACCUUAGUAGUGGGCGAGCAAGUCAAUAGCAUGGAUCAGCUUGUGCAGCAGCAGCAAAAGGUGCUCGUCAAGAAGUAUGAAUAUAACACAUUUCUGCGCCAUGUUGAGCCUCGAUUAGUGGAUAAAGUAUCUCGGCUUUUGGUGGCCGUAAAUGCCAGCGAACAAGUGUCCGCUCUGCUGAGCUUUAAUCGUAGCUUCGCGUAUCCUUUUACAGAAGAACGUUGGAAAUUUUUUGGCAUGCAACAGCAAUAUGCCUUUAAGCCGAUUUUUCGCUUUUCAACCGCUUGCUUGGGAUCCCCACAUAUUGGUUAUCCAAUGCGCGCUGACUGCCACUUGGAGCCAUCUCUUAACUACUUCAUAUUGAUGAUUCAGGAAACUGGACUGCUAAAUCACUGGCUAGUUUCCGACUUCAACGAUGCCAUGCUUGCCGGAUACGUUAGGUUUCUAGAUAAUGUCCUGGGCUAUCAAGAUAUCGAUGUGGAUACUUUGAGACUGGGCUGGUGUGUACUGGGAAUUGGUUGGAUUCUGUCUAUUUUGGUUUUCUCUUGUGAAUACUGGCGUCUUUAUCCAUGGCGUGUUACUGCUUAA